UCAGUGUGUGUGAGUGUGUGUGAGAGUGUGUGUGUGUGUGUGUGUGAACUCGGGAGGGGAAGCAGCGCUGUGCUGUUCAAACUCCCAGGAUUUACACUCUGCCAUUUUGAGGAAAACCGGGCCGACAUUAAACACAAGUCAUGACCCGGAUCAGAGAAGUCCAUCCGUGAAACAAGGAGAAGGCCUCUGAAGUGGGGGAAGGAGUCAACCCACGACAAAGGGAGGGAUUCUCGUUUGAACCGGUUCCUCGGUCCUCUUCAGCCAUGUGUUCCACAAAUCACUCAAACUGGGUCACGUUUGAAGACGACAGCACGCCGCCGCCGCCGCUGUCGUCUCCUCAGAAGCCCCUGCAGUCGGCGGGGCUUAUCAAAGCGUCGGUUCCGCGUCCCAACGGUCUGAAAUUGGUGCUUCCUCCAAUCAGAGAUACCUCCUGGAGCUUCAACAGUUCACUGGAGUCCCCUCGGAGCCACUCGAGUCUCAGUGGGAGUUCCUGUGUACCGUGUCGCACGCCUUUUUGCACUCCUCCCGUGAGCGGCGUUCCCAGCAGCGGGUCCCCGUUCCACUCCAACGCACGGGAAAAGAACGACUUCUUUCGGAGUAUUUCCAGCCCUUCGACCGCCUCGGCUCCCUCUCCUGCACCGGAGGCCUUGAAUCAAACCAGCAACGGACCAAACCCUUUCCCUUCUUUCCAGGGAAACUCAGGACACUUGAACCCCUUCUGGGACGGAUCCAGAUCCAGAUGCAGCGCCGACGCCGACACUUCCUCCUCCUCCUCCUCGGACUCGGAAUCCAACAACAGCCUGCCGCGAUUCUUCAUCCGGACCAAAGAUGGCAGCGAGCCCUCGCGCGACCAGCUCCAGAGCUCCUUCUCCUCCUACGCUUGCGACAAACUCGAAGGCCUGCGAGCGGACUCGGACCAAGAAAACGAGACCGAACGAGACGGAGGAGAGAGGCGGCGGCUGAGCUGCAAAAACGAGGUGCUGAGCGAGGGUUCGUCUCGGUUUGUUCCCCGCGGACUCUUUUGUAGCCAGAAGAGAGACGGCUGGUCUGUCAUGCUCAGGAUCCCCGAGAAGAAAAACCGCAUGUCUAGUCGGCAGUGGGGGCCGAUCUACCUGCGCCUGCAGCCGGGCGGCGUCCUGCAGAUGUACUACGAGAAGGGCCUGGAGAAGCCGUACAAGGAGUUCCAGCUCCUCCCUCACUUCAGGCUCUCCGAUCUCAAACUGGAAAGCCACGGGGAGCCGCGCAAGGUGCUCACGCUCAAAGUGGAACAUUACUCAUACACGGAGAAGAAACGCUUUCACCCCAAGCUGGAGGUGAGCCACGAGGCCGAGGUGGAUCAGCUGCUCAAGUUCGGCUCCACGGCGCACGAGGACAUGGAGGACCUGGUGGUCUCCAUGGAGGAGGAGAUCUUCAAACUGGGCGUGCCCCACCAGCCGAGGAAGCACUACGAGGAGCAGGAGCUGUCGCUGCAGAUCACCGACCACAUCUGGGUGCGGCUGGAUAAGAGCGGGGGGGUCGUGGAGCGGACCGCCCUCACGCAGAUUCACUGUUUGGCGUUUCUGAACGGACUCGGCGACUGUUUCCUCGCCCUCAACGACCUCCGGCUGCUGCACUUCGACUCCAGCUACGGCUCGGAGGAGGAGCUCUGGAUGGAGAUAAUCGACAACCACUUCCACCGGUGCGUGAACGAGACGGAGUUUCAGCGGUCGCGGCUGAUCAAGUUCUCGCCGCCGGACGCCUGCAGGGUGGAGCUGAUGCGGUACAAGACUCUGCACCUGGGCUGCACGGAGAUUCCCUUCACCAUCAAAGCCGUGGUCACGGUGCAAGGCGCCUACGUCGAGCUCCAGGCCUUCCUCAACAUGUCCACCCCCUUCCUCUCCUCCACGGGGGCGUCGGACGCCAACCCGCUGUGCGAGAACGUGGUCGUCCGCGUGCCGGUGCCGGGCGACUGGGUCAAGGUGACGCACUCUGUGGCCUUGCUGCGGCAGAGGUCUCUGAAGGCGCGCAUGAACAGGAACGCCUGCUUGGGGGCCGUCGGCGCCCCAGACUCGCAGCCGGUCAUGCAGGUCACUGUCGGGACUGUGAAGUAUGAGAAUGUAUACUCGGCCGUCGUGUGGAGGAUCGACAGACUGCCUGCAAAGAAUACAGCGGUGGAUCACCCACAUUCAUUCUCCUGCAAGCUGGAGCUGGGAUCCGAUCAGGAGAUCCCGAGUGACUGGUACCCUUUUGUCACCAUGGAAUGUGAAAUUAUGGGCGCCGUGGUGUCACAGACCAGGGUGAAGUCACUGGGCACCGUGAACGACAUCCAGCCGCAGAAACAUGUGACCAGCUGGACUCGCUAUCAUUGUCAAGUGGAGGUGGAGAAGAAAUGGAUCGAAACAGAGUCCCAGAAGCAGGCCGGCUGUAUGACACAGUGAUUGUUAAAGAAACUCUGAGGAGGACGUUUUUAUCCCUUUGGUCCGUGACAUUUGCCAAAAUCUUCUUAAAGCUGAAAAAAGGGAUGACACACACAAAAAAAAGAAAACGAAAAAAAAAAAAAAACCAAGGGUGAUGAGGGACUUUCUGCUUCUGUCUGGGGUCAAACUCAUGUGAUUACACAUAAGUCUGGUAUUAUUUCUCAUGGAGAUUAUUUUGUAUCCUUUAACUGAGACUGAAUUAGUCUAGAGCUAAUAAUCAAGUUAACAUUGUCCUUUCGCCUAGCACUUUACAUUUAAUAGAUUUAUAUAGUAAAGAUUAUAGUUUAUAUAAGAACUGUGUAUAUAUACGCUUGCAUCUGCAUCAUCUGCACUGCCCUCCAGAAUAAUUGGCAUCCUUAUUAAAUGCCUUAAUACAUGUACACAGAACAGGCUGUAUGGGAUAAACAGCUCAAGUAAUGAGCAUCAUGUGGAGAACAGCUGAUUAUCAGGACAUGCACACGACUCUCUGAACCUUUUGGAAGUUUGACUCAAGGUCCAAGUGCAAAAUAAAAUAAUAUAAUUUUAUUAAAGGUCACAUAUUCUGCAAAAUCCUCUUCAGCAUGUUCCUCUAACUCUAACAUGUGUCUCUAGUCUGUCUACAAACCCCCCAAUGAUGAGAAAAGUCCAUCCUCUCCGUCUUUUUCCUGGUCCACUUUUCAGAAAAUGUGUACUGAAACAGGCCGUUUGGAGAUUUUCCCUUCAUGACAUCACAAAGGGCAGUAGUCCCUCCCCCAGGUGGGUGACACUCCCACAGCUAGGUGUUUGUUCUGCCCUCUGAGUCUGCCUUCUCACCGUAAACAAUAGGACAUGGAGUGAGAAAGAACCGAGUACACCCGAGCCCUUCCAGAGAGGGGGCGUGGUCAGACACAGCUCAUUUACAUAUUUAAAGGUACAGACACAGAAACAGCCUGUUUUAAACAAUGGAUUGGGGAAAAAAACUUUUAUUGUUGAGUCAAAUUGCAAACCAAACAAAAUGAUUUUUGACCUGAAAAGUGGAAAAAGUAUUCCCAUUUGAAGGGUCUCUCUCUGCAGAACACAGAGCGUUCACAAAGUGAAUCAUUCUGUUAAACAAAAAAACAUUUCCUGUGCAACAUAGUGCUGAUGUUUUAUCACUAGAGGGAUUCACUUUCUUUGUUUUCCGCAUGGAAUAAAAACUCAUUACUUGUGUUGCUUACCUCGAGCCGACCUUUGACUUUAUACCGAGCUUGUUUUUCUGGAGGACUGUAAUGUUAUUUAAGCCAAUCAGAUCUUUAUGAUGUGUUCUUUCUGCCUCUGGGGUUGGUGAUUAAGAUGGAUUUAAAACAAAUAAAUAAAAGAACGGUGAAGCUUCAUAAUGAAAACAAAGCCUUCAAUGAUGACUUUCAUGUAUGAGGUACCUGGCUUCAGCUGGAUAUGAUGUACAUCAAGAGUAAACAAUUGAAUCAAAGCUGAA